AUGACAUUCAACGACAGUGACAAGAUGGCGGAUAAGGAUAAGGAUAAGGGGUUCAAGUAUAUCAUUGAGCAUAUGGAGGAGGACGAUGCGGGGACGCACGCUCUGCCCGAGUACGCGCACAUGCUGCAGCUCGUGGGCGCGUCGUCGAAUGUGUGUUUUACGUCUCUGAGCGCAUCGUCUAUCCCGCCUCUGCAGGAGUACUUGACGCAGAAACCGGAGGGAUCCAAGGCGAUUCUGUCGACCGAGCCCAUCCUCUCGUUCUUGGGACAGGAUGCGAUCCCCAAGACCCGUGUGUGUCUUCUUGACCCGCGGGCCGAGGCAGCUAUUUCCCCCGACGAUGGCGACAAGUUUGAUGUAUUCCUGUACGGCGGGAUUCUGGGUGACGAUCCCCCCCGCGAUCGCACCGGCGAACUGCGCGCGCUGGGGUUUGAGGGCCGUCAUCUUGGACCCGUACAGAUGACGACUGAUACUGCGUUGGGGGUUACAAAGCUUGUCGUCGAGGAUGGCACGCCGCUCGACGACAUCAAGUUUACCGACUUUCCCACUAUUACCUUCAACAAGUACGAGAGCAUCGAGAUGCCGUUCCGCUAUGUCCAGGACGCGGCUGGCCAACCUAUCCUUCCCCCCGGGAUGAGGGAGCACCUCAAGGCCGACCUGGACCGGACCAUCGACGAUUUCUAG